AUGUCAUCAUCAAUGUUAAAGGUUGCAUUUAGUGUUGUUGGAAUAUAUUCAUGUUUUUUAACUUGGGGAGUAUUGCAAGAACGUGUAUCAACAACACCAUAUGGAGUUAUUGACAACACACCUCAGAAAUUUAAAUAUUUUAUUUUUCUCAAUACAAUUCAAUCAUUCAUGGCAUCAUUUGUAGCAUUUAUAUAUCUUUUGAUCACCAACCAAAAAAUCAAAAUGACAGAAUCAAAGUUAUACUUAAAACUAAUGCAACUAUCAUUUUUUGGAACGAUUGGAUCACCAUUUGGAUAUGAAAGUUUAAAGCAUAUAGACUAUCCAACAUUAAUAUUAGGAAAAUCAUGUAAAUUGUUACCAGUUAUGCUUAUGAAUGUUCUAUUGUAUCGUAGAAAGUACCCAUUAUACAAAUACUUUGUAGUAUUUCUAAUUACAAUUGGAGUGUCAUGUUUUAUGUUACUUCAACCAGUUUCAGAAAAGAAAAAAUCAGCAGCACCAUCAUCAUUAUAUGGUAUAAUGUUAUUAUCAACCAAUCUAAUCAUUGAUGGUAUAACAAAUUCAUCACAAGAUCAAAUUUUCAACAAAUAUAAAAUUUCAGGUCAACAAAUGAUGUUCUAUAUGAAUUUUUUCAGUGGAAUUUUAAUGUUGCUAUGGAUGGGAUUUUUACCUGGGAAUAAUGAGUUGAUCAAUGCAUUGAAUUUUUGUCAACUAUAUCCAGAAGUAUUGUAUGAUAUAUUAUUGUUUUCAUUAUGUGGAGCGUUAGGUCAAUGUUUUAUAUUUUUUAUAUUGAGAGAUCUUGGAUCUUUAUUCCUGGUGACAAUAACCGUUACAAGAAAAUUAUUCACAAUCAUAUUAUCAAUAUUUUGGUUUAAUCAUAAAUUAAGUUUAGGUCAAUGGUUAUCUGUUGCAUUGGUAUUUAUAGGCAUUGGUUUAGAAGCAUAUAUAAAACAAUAUGAUCAAAUUAAAAUUAACAAAAUGGAUAAGAAACUAUAUGGUGGUUAUUUAUUAGGAUAA